UCUUCUUCGUUCUCUCUCUCCAACGCAGACGCACGCAGAGCGAGAUCGAAAUCAAGCCAUGGAAACCACCGCAGAAUCCGCGCGGCCCUUCCAGUUCUUCGUCAAGCUGAUCGACGGCAAGACCUCCGUCCUCAACUUCGCCGCCCCGCGCGUCGACGCCCUCGCCGUCAAGCGCCGCAUCUUCGAGGUCGCCCGGAUCCCCGUCCCCUCCCAGCGCCUCAUCGUCGCCGGCCGCCAGCUCGAGGACCGCUCCGUCGUCUCCUCCCCCGGGCCCACCCUCCACCUCUCCCUCCGCCUCCGCGGCGGCAAGGGCGGGUUCGGGUCCCUCCUCCGCGGGGCCGCCACCAAGGCGGGCCAGAAGAAGACCAACAACUUCGACGCGUGCCGCGACAUGAGCGGCCGGCGGCUCCGCCACGUCAACGCCGAGAAGAAGCUCGAGGAGUGGAGGGCGGAGGAGGAGGAGAGGAAGCUGGAGAGGGUGGCGGAGGAGUUUAUUAAGAAGGCCGCCAAGAAGGGGAAGAAGGGGGUCGGGGAGGGGCAGGCCGAGAAGUAUGUCGAGAAGUACAGGCAGCAAUCGGCGAAAUGCGUGGCGCAGGUUGAGGAGUGCGUUAGGGACGUGAUCGGGUCGCGUGGGACGGGGUCGAAGCGGAAAGCUGGGGUCGGUUCGGGCUCAGAUGCGAAAAAGUUGAAGAUUUGGAUGGGGAAGAGAAAAGUGGGAGAUAGUGACAGUGAUGAUUCGGGUGAUGAUACCAGUGAGGAUGAAGAAGAUGAGAAGUCUACCAUCUCAAAUGGUGCAAUGCAUUUGAAUUUGAUUAGGGAAGAGGAUGGAAGCUCCGACUCUGUGACUGGUGGGAGACAAGAUGGAGAAGCAUAUACUUCCAGUUGUAAUGGAAGUGGUUCUGAGGAAGAAAAAGAGAGCAGCAUGCAAGUGUGUUCAGAAUCCGACGGGUGCUCUGGUGGAGUUGUGCCUGAUGAAAAAGUUGCUUUGGUUAACCCAGUUUCUUCUGAGGGUCAUGCUGUUUUGUCAUUGGAGUGUGCUAUAGUUUCUGAGACUGAAGCGGUUGAGCCCGUGAAUGAGAGUCAACAUAAAGUUGAACCUGAGAAUUGCGAAGUAGUGGUUAGUCAGUCACCAAGUGCUCCAGAUUCAGGAGAUGAGGUAACAACUGAAGCUGGACAAGUAUCUCCACAGGCUGGUGGGUUUUCAGAGGACAAAGUAGCAGUUACUGAAGCAGCUGAAAUUGUCGAACCUGAAAUUGUUGAAGCUAGUGUUUCAGAGGACAAUGCACUUGAUUUUGAUAAAUUCAAUUCAGCUGCUGAAAUGGAGGGUGUGGGCAUGGAAAGGUUAAAGCUUGAACUUCAAUCUCGUGGAUUGAAAUGCGGAGGUACUUUGCAGGAGCGUGCUUCUAGGCUUUUCCUACUCAAGACUACCCCACUGGACAAGAUCCCAAAGAAGCAUCUUGCAAAGAAAUGAUGUAUAUGAUGCCACCUCAAGCAUGAACCUAGUCAUCAAGCUGUGAUAGAGCUGGAACUUAUAGAGCCAGAACUUUGUCGGCAUUAGAUGGGAACAAUUGCAUGCCAUCCGAUGCUUUGGACCUUCAAAAGAUUUCAUCACCAUCUACUUUAAACAUUGCAUGUAUAGUCUUUGUUUGUGUGCUUAUGGAGGAGACAAGUUUUUGUAAUCUGACUUAGAACGAGGAUGAAACCCAAUUUGGUGAUGUCUAUUUUCUGGCUACUAAGAUAAGAUUGCCCAGAGCGUACUGAAGCAGUGCAUCCCAGCUGUGUCUUUCAGAAUUGCAAUAAAACGUAUCUUUUGCGGCUUGUCUGCUGA